AUGGAGGUCUGCAUGUUCUUCCUUUAUGCUAUGAUACUUCUCCCAGGUAUUGGUGCCAGUAUGUAUCAGGUGGAGUCAUUUCUCAAUCACACUGCAUAUCUAUCCUGCUCAUUUCCAAACUCUCAGAAAACUGACAUAAAGGAUCUAAGAGUUUUUUGGCAAAAAGGCAUUGAAGUGGUGCAUGAAGUCUAUUACGGCCAAGAAAAACAUGAUAACCUUAGUCCUAAAUAUAAAAAUCGCACCAAGAUGGAUAUGGACAAAUGGACCUUGCAAUUGUUAAAUGCAGAAAUUGUGGAUGAGGGACUGUAUAAAUGUAUUAUACAGCAUAGACAUAAAGGAUCACCAAAGGUCAUACACACAUCUGAGUGCUUCCUGCACAUAAUUGCCAACUAUAGUCAACCUGAGAUAACACAGCUGCACACUGGCGAACUAAAGCCCAAUGAACACUUGAAUCUUUCCUGUUCCUCCAGUGGAGGUUAUCCAGAGCCCAAGGAGAUGACGUGGCUAAUUUCACAUGAGAACACAACAGACAGGCUUACACGUCACAUGGAUGUCUUGCAGGAUGCUGUGACAAAGCUGUACAAUGUUACUAGCAAGCUGGAUAUCCCAGUUCGUAUGAACACUCUCACUAAUAUUAGCUGCUUGCUUCACCUUGGAGAUCAGCUGGGGAGCCUUGUCUCAGUGCCACUAGGCAUAGAGAUAAAGGUGAAAGAAAUGGAGCAAGUGAAGAUAAAUUUCUUUGGCCCACUUAUAGCUGUGAUUAUACUGAUCACAUUUAUUCCAGGUUUUGUGAUACUGAAGAAGAACAGAAAUAUCUCCUAUAAGGGUGUCAGUCUAGCAGUCUAGAAGCCAUCCAGCUUGAAACUGAGGCCAUCAGCCAGACCACUGACUGGGAACCAUCUCUGCACAUAACAAGGCCUGAGGUCUCAUAUUUUUAGAUGGUCUGCCAGAACAGGAAUCCUCCCAGGAUCCUCCCUUCAGAACAACACGCAACAUUCCUGUCUGAUGACUGAAAUCCACUGUCCAGUGUCCUUUGCUUUUAUGGUAGUAAAUAUGAUGCUCUGCCUGUCUGUAUCACUAUGUUUUUACUGUAUCUUUACACACUGUCACAUUGUAAAAUCCUGAGAGUAAAGGAAGAAAGCAGAGCUGCAUGUGUUACAGAAGGGAGUGUCUCAGAAAUAGAAGGAGUUAGGCCACAAUCUGAGAAUCAUAACCAUCACUGGAAGCAUGAUAAAAGGCAGCCUAUUAAUCAUGAGCCAUAAACGCUUUUGGCAGUGCCAGUGUGGCUUUGUACCCAUAACUUUCUUGUAACACUCCACAGCAGAAAGAGGAAUUUGAGGACACUUCCCCACGUUAAGAGGGAAGCCAUGCAAUUCCUAUCAGGCAUUUGAAACUUGAAAUCAGUUGAAGGAAAUACUUGCUUUAAAGAUAGUUUAUUGUUAUCUUAUUUACUUUUUUACUACCAUCAAAGCUUAAUAAGCCCAGACAGUUAUUACCUCCACAUGUUGUGCCUCUGUAUUCUUACUGGAUGCUGUACUAGUUGCUCAGGUGGAUGCAGGGAUAGAGAACGAAAGCAUGAGGUAUCACUCAUGUGUAUACAUCUAAAUAUGCAAGAUUGAGCUAAGCAGAUAAUGAAAAAAUACUAUUUAAGUAGGUCAUGUUCCAAUUUGGUUGACUGCCUUUCUCAAUUUUGCUUCAAACCCUGAAGACAGAGUAAUCCAUACACCACGGUAUGCUCAGUUACAGGAAGUGGUUUUCAUCCAAAAUAUGCUAGUUCUCCAAACUUGAAUGAUCUCUGCACUUUAUAUUCUUCAACAGCAUUGACAUCUCUCAGGAGGAAGACUGCAACAGAACUGAGAACAAAUUCUGCUGAGGUCUUAACUGUGUUUGUUGGUCUGACAUUUUCAGCAAGAGCAAGGUCAUUAGCAUCAUAUUCUCAAUACAAAUUUCAGCUCAGAACUGCAGUCUGGGGACAUAAAUUCUUCACAGUAAAAAUACCUUUUUCUGUUAAAUGAAGAUGAUUUGCUAGAUUGCACCUCAGUUUUCAAGUGUGUGAGAGAAUGUACAUGUCCUUUGAGUUAGCUAAACCAUUUAGGAGUCAGUUUAUUAAGCUAUUACAUUAACAUUCCAAAUAUUUUCAUUCAGAUUAAUAUCAUUCACAUUUUAUUAAAAGCUAAAGGUUUUAUUUUUAUGUAAAAUUUUGU